CGAGAGACAUGCACCCCCCUUCCAUCAUUCCAUCCUCACCGAGAGAGAGAGAGAGAGAGAGAGAGAUGCAAAGAAGAAAAUGGAGAGCAUCAGCCCCAAAGUUCAUCACCACCAUCACCACCGUUGGUUGAUGGAGAAGACAGUGAGUGACCUGAUUAUGGACGGUAACAGGAGGAGACUGGUGGAAGUACCGUACACAGCCUCCCUCACCGAUACCAUGAACGCUCUAGUCGCCAACGAUGUGGUAACCGUACCCGUGGCUGCACCUCCUGGCCACUGGAUAGGUGCAGGUGGGUCCAUGAUCCUCGAAUCGGACAAGAUAACCGGUGUAGUCCGCAAGCAUUACAUCGGCAUUGUUACCAUGCUCGAUAUCCUUCACCACAUUGCUCAAGCUGAUGAUGAUGGUCGAGUCCUCGACUUGGAUGAUAUCAUGUCCGCCCCUGUAUCCUCUAUCAUCGGCUAUUGCUUGGAAGGUCUUAGCUUGUGGACUCUAUAUCCCAAUACCAGCAUUUUAGAUUGUAUGGAGGUUUUUAGCAAAUGCAUCCAUCGCGCUUUGGUUCCACUAGACAGCCAUAUGGAACAUGUUGUUGGAGUAGAACUCGCAGAGUCUUCACCUGGUUACCGGAUGCGCACUCAGAUGGAUGUGUUAAGAUUUUUGAAGGAGAAUCAUAUGGAACUGAAGGAGAUCUUAUCACAGUCUGUUGGGCAACUGGGAGCAGUCAAUGAGAACGUCUUUUCUGCAACCCAACACACAAAAGUCAUUGAAGCUAUUAAAUUCAUGAGAAAUGCUUCAGUGGGUGCUCUUCCUAUUGUUGAUGCUUCUGAAGCCCUUGGAGAAGAAGAUCACGAGGUCACAAAUGUGAAAGGCAGGAAGCUAAUAGGUACAUUUUCUGCAACGGAUCUGCGAGGGUGCUCUAUUGCGCUACUUCAAUCUUCGCUGCCCCUCAGUGUUGUAGAGUUCACUGAGAGAGUAUCCGUGGUGCUGGGUGUUGGAUGUCGUAAUGCUGAUGUGGGCCAUUCAUCAUCUAGGAUGCUUAUUACUUGCUACCCAGAAACUAGCCUCACUGAAGUAAUUAAUAAGGCUGUGGAUGGGCAUGUGCACCGAGUGUGGGUCGUUGACCAGCGUGGGUUGCUUCUCGGGCUCAUAUCACUCACUGAUGUAUCCCAAGUGAUAAGGGCAUCUGUUUCGGGCAUGGAGUCCUGAUCGAAUAGAGCCAAGCCAGUUCAAGCCCAGCUGAUAGUGGACAGCUGUAAAUCUCCUCAGGUAGGUUUUGGCUAUCUUCACUUCCAGGUUAGGAAUGAUGACAUAGGAUGGCAGGAUGGAUUUCAAGUGAGUCAAUGUGUGGUUUUGGUUUCCCAGCGCUUUCAUGAAGAUUUUGCAACAUAAACAGGAUGAUGCAUGAUACAUAUUUUCCUUGCACUGCUAAGGAUAGGUUGUUGUAGUACAAACCCGUUUUGAAAAUCAUUAAACAAACUUCUCUUCUGAA